AAAUGUGAACACACUUAUUAUCUUCGGUUUAAAAAGAAACAUAACUUGAUUGCAAUGAUUAUUACUUUGGUUUUGGCUUACUUGGAAUUAGCGUAUGCAGUUCGCGUGGUAAAGUUCGGUUUGUCUGAAGGCAAUGUACCAGAGAAAGGCAGAGAUAUAUCAAUGCUAUGUGAGGUUGAGAUUUCAGCAGAGGAUGGAAUUCUAACAUUAAACAUAUUGAAAGGAGACACAAAAAUUGCUGACUGUUUUAUGAAUGCAGGAAAUCUACCAUGUAGUAAGGUACAUGGUGUUUCAACAAGAUACACAUUCACAAACAAUCAACCAUCUGUGAUUAUCUCAAUAACAAAUUUACAAAAAGCAGAUGGUGGAAACUGGUACUGUGGUUUUCAGACGACAGGCAAUCAACUGUUCACCUUGAUGGUCUAUAGUAAGUACUGA